AUGGAUAACACAUCACUUGAGCAGGAUGAUGUGCAUUCGGGUGUGCAGAAGGAUCUUAACCACAGCGUAGACGCACUCAAAGAGUCUUUACAUGCUGAGCUGCUGAGCCACAUUGACCUGAGCGUAGUGUUUCUGUUGCUGCUGCGGGGAGAGCUGGUACUCUACGAACCCAGAUCUGUUAAAACACUUUAUUCGCUCCUGAGCCGGUGGAGAACACUAGAGGGGCAUGAGCGUUGCGAUGGCACUGGUACCAGGCACGUUAUUGCUGACAAUGGUGCUGCUAACAAUACAGCUGAUUGUACCAAUCGGAACAACGAAGCAUUCAACCUAUCAUGGUCCCCAAACGUGAACCGGAUUCUCCACAGGGUGCGCGAGAGGUUCCAUUGUCCCCGCAGGCACAACACAUCAGAGUGCUCGGCUGCAACCCUCUCUGAAGCUGACUAUGAAUAUUGCAGCAGCUGCAUCGGCAGAGAAGCUGUGGGAAUGCUGUCCAUGCCGCUUAGGUGCGUCUGCAAAGUCAGGCAGGGCCCCGAUUACAAGCACCACCGUAGACGUGUUGACACCGGCGGAGUCACAGGUACCAUGGAUCAUGAAGCCAGCACAAUAAAAAGUGAUGACGGCAGCAAAGCGGUUGCCGCUAAGGGGGGCAACAUCACGGAAACAAACGUUGGCGCUAACACAACGCAGCCUACUGAUGGCGGUCAUACUGAAUCGACAGGCAAUUACGACGGCACAGUUGACGGUCUGGACCCUAAUGGCCAACCAUCAACAAGGUCAACCGGCAUUGACAAAGGCUCUGCACGGUUGAUUAAUGCUGCUCGAAGACUUGUAGCAAAUGGCAGCCUGGAGAGCCCUGCUACAUUCAACUACGAUCACAGUGGCUGUGUGACCUGCUCCACGGGGGGCACAUCGGCCAAAGUUGUUGCCAUUAUUAGCCCAUUCGUGGUAAAAGUGGAUAAGAAACCUGGGAAGAACUCGAGGAAAUCUCUCAAACGUUCCAACCGUUCGCUCAGCUGCGGCUCCGGGGCGGAGUUGGACUACAACGGUAAUGUGGAAAUGUACACGUCACACGAGUUCCCUCUCAAUUCGUAUUUCGAAGGGACGGCUUCAUGCAAAUCCGCAGAUCAUCAGCUUGCCGUUGAGGAUGAUUCGGAGGUACCCAGCACCGCUGCAGAUGCCAUAUUUGACGUCGUGGAGGCCAUCCUUCACCCCGAUACAAAUGCUGCUUCGACAUUUUCAAAAGAGGCCAAUAAAGUGGCUCAUAUGCUACAUCAGAAAUUGGCAGAAACUUAUCGGGGUGGCUCGAGUCCCAGCCACCCCGAUAAAGCGAAACCCAGUGAUACGGGAGAAUCAACGGACGUGUUAGGCGACACAUCCGGAGAUCUGAUGAGCGCACAAGUAAAGGGCACAUUUAGCAGUGAUGUGGAAUCAAAGCUGUUGAAAGAGCACGGGGACGUCCUUGGCAAGGUGGGCCGUUUGGUGCCGUUUCCCACGACAUAUUGGCUUACCGACCCUGAGCUCGUAGCGCAAGUGUCGGCAUUGGAAGGUGGGGGAGCUAUAAUGCACCUGCAAAGGGAAAUAGAUACACAUGCAAGCGCGUAUGGACGUGAGGGAGGGCGCGAAUCCGGUGUUUUCGUAAGACGGUUAAUAUUGGACAAUUUGGCAUACAUCUGCCAACGUUUUGCAUUGCUGCAUCCCGCCAUAUUGACCGCGCUGUACACAAUGAUAGUGAACUCGGUUCAUUUCAGCCGGUUCUACGAUAGCGGCGGUGCCAGCAAAGAUACAGCGCGCAGUUCGUACAUAUCGCUAUCGUCCACUCCCGGAGGGCAAUCGGCCGAAUCGCGACCGAAGAAUCGAUCCCCGUUGGAAAAAGCGCUCGCUAUUGUGAACACUCCCAGGGUAUACGGUAUCGGUGGCAGUCGGAGCUUCGUGCACAUCAAGUGUCUACACACUAACCUGGCCUUCGAAUUGGCAGAGGGAUGUGCCCUAGGCAGCCUGGUGUUUGAAGCCCUGGCGGAUCGCACAUCGCAUAAUAUAUAA